UGUUUGCGUCGCGUCCGUCCGUCCGUCCGCAACAUCAAAGAUCCUGUAGCACGGGGGGAGGAGAGGGGCGACGCGACGCGACGCGACGUGACAGCUUUGCAGCAGCAGCGGCAGCGGGGGGACGGACGGAGCCAGGAUGGCGUCGGGGAGCGGGCAGGCGAAAAGUAUGGACUUCCGUAAGAAAUGGGACAAGGACGAGUACGAGAAAUUGGCCCAGAAACGGUUGCAGGAAGAAAGGGAGAAGCGAGAUGCAAAACCUCCGGUGCCAAUCAAGCGGGAGCUGCUGCGUCACAGGGAUUACAAAGUGGAUUUGGAAUCAAAACUGGGAAAAACGAUUGUCAUCACGAAGACUACGCCCCAGUCCGAAAUGGGAGGAUAUUACUGUAAUGUUUGUGACUGUGUUGUGAAGGAUUCAAUCAACUUCUUGGAUCACAUAAAUGGCAAAAAACACCAAAGGAACCUGGGGAUGUCAAUGAAGGUAGAACGCUCGACAUUGGACCAAGUAAAGAAACGCUUUGAAGUCAAUAAGAAGAAAAUUGAGGAGAAACAAAAAGAGUACGACUUUGAGGAGCGCAUGAAGGAACUGCGGGAGGAAGAGGAGAAAGCAAAGGCAUAUCGGAAGGAGAAACUGAAAGAGAAGAAGAGAAAAGCGGAGGAGGAGCUGACGUUUGAGGAAGAUGACGAAAUGGCGGCAGUGAUGGGCUUCUCCGGCUUCGGUUCAUCAAAGAAGAGCAGCUGACCAAACAAAGGCACCUCUGUCUUUACCGUCACUUCUUUCUUUCUCCCCUGACCCCCCAUUCGAACCUCUCACUCCCAUUUAGAAUCGGGUCGCGUGUAGUGUGAAUGAAGGUGUUUGUUAAUAAAGGAUUUUUUUUGUAAAAAGAAAA